CAGCUUCGUUCCCCCCCGCGUCUCUUCAGGGUAACCCCCCCCCUCCAAGGGUGGGAACAGCCUUUCUCCACCCCCCCGCCUCGUUUCAUAGGGAACAACCUCAAAUACAGACACAGAAGUGAUUAAAUAUGGACCAGUACCAUCUCAGCGAUGACAGCUCACUCCAUUCUGAAAUGCAGCUCCCUGAGUUUUCUGGGAAUCAGACUUUGGACUGUAGUGAUACAUUCAGCCAUGAUCUUUGUCCAGAUAUGAGAGACAUGAUUUAUUCUGGACUGAGCAAUCUGGAUGUGGAUCCCAGCCUUUCAGCUACAAAUAUGAACAGUGAUUCAUUGGAAGACAACCUGGACACCUUGUCUUUGUAUUCAGUAAAGGACUGUGAUUCUGCUAAACUCCUUGAUGAUUGUGAUACGGACUCACGACCACUUUUGCGUGAAUUGGGGCUUCCUGCCCCUUCAGCACAUAAAGAAGUGGAGCAAGGAGGCAGAUCCGGUUCUGGCAGUGGAAAGAAAGGAAGACUGCAGCAAAACUCGCUUCAAGCCCCUUUCUUGGAUUGCAGCCUCUGUGGGAAAGUUUUCAGUAGCACCAGUUCUCUCAGUAAACACUAUGUGACUCAUAGCCAGGAACGGAAACAUGUCUGUAAGAUCUGCAGCAAAGCUUUUAAGCGACAGGAUCACUUGAGUGGUCAUAUGCUGACACACCAAAAAACAAAGCCAUUCAUUUGCAUAGAACAAGGUUGCAAUAAGAGCUACUCAGACCAUCGAUCACUGCGCCGGCAUUACGAAAUGCAUCAUGGCUUGAGGUUGUUAAAGGAUGAUGAAGCAUGUGAGGGCAUGCCACCUUCACACGAUUCACAUACCCAGAUGGGACAUAGCAGUUUGAGAACUGCAGAAAGUCUGGCUGUUCAUCCAGAAUCACAAGCGCCCAGUAAUUCCGUCCUGCCCAACAGAGACCUGCUAAGAUGUAUUGUUAGUAGCUUAGUCAGUCCAAAGCUUCCGUCUGCUCCUUCACCAUCUACAGGACAGAAUGAAACUGACUCCAGGGGACCCUUACAACCUUGCACCUCUGUCUGUGGUCAGAUUUCAUGUGUUUCCACGAGCACUACUGCACUCAAAGACACCACUGGUGAUAAAGUGAUGAAGGAAAUUUAUCCUUGCCAAAACAAUACACCUUCAUCCAGCAUGUACACUAUAAUCAAUCCUGGGAAUUUAUCUAUGCUUGGGCCAUCAGAAAACAUGACAAAUUUGUCAGACAGGCAGUCCCAUUCAGAACAUCAGUUCCCUUUAGAAACCAGAGCCUUGGAGUACUGGUCAAACAGUGGUGUACCUCGCUUUCCAUUAUUCAGAGGCCAGAAGAUUCCUACUACCACUCAUCAGCCAAGUGGCAGCUUCCAGUGGGUCAGAAAUGUAUCCCCAGUUGGCACCAAAAACAAAGGAAAUGGUGUUUAUGUUGCUCAGCUAUCAUCUGCAGGUCAAGAUGUUUCUCAAGGGAUGGUGGGACCUUCCCAUGUGUUUGACUCAGUGACACCCAGCUUUGAAUGUCCAGAUGUUUUAUCAUUCACUCCAGCCCUUUUAAAGACCCAAGGGGAAAUUUCUGGAGAGCCCAAACUCAGUGGCUUUGAAGAAACAUUUAAUCCAGCAGCAAGACUUCCAGAUGCUCCAAAACAUAGCCUACUUCAGAAGGGUGAGGCCAGACCAUUGUUCAGGCAGCUCUUUAUGAAAUCCCAGGAAUCCACUUUGAAUCAGGAUCAGCUACAAGUCCAGAGUCAUCUUUUCCAGAGGAUCACCAAAUCUCAACACAUUGUGUCCCAUACCCAAGUGUUAGCUCCAUCGCAGCUGGCAGCUGUAGAGACAGAACAUAUGGUAGCAAAAUCACUUCCCAGUGUGUUUCAGCAGCAAACAGAUUUGAUUCAUCCAGUUCUAGAACCAAUGGAAAGUGAAGGGCCUUCUUUGUCUCUGAAAAAGGCUUUGACUCAGUUUCAAAAAGACUUUUCAUCUGAUACUGAGAAAGAAGGGGAUCAGCCGCCUCUGCAGUCCUUUCAGUCGUCUACCAUACCCUCUGUAACCACAAACAGUAUUCCUCAUGCUAAGCAGUCCCUGUCUUUAAAAGGAUGUCUAGAGUUUAAAGACUUUUCCAGCUCUAAUCAGUCAGGAUUGUAUGAAAACACCCCAGGGAAUCACACUUACGGGAAGCCAAGGGAGUUGGAAAAUGGUUCUCCUUUACCAAGAAAGAAAGAGAAGAGCAAGACUUGUACUAAAGAAUCAGGCAGCAAAGGGCAUUCUCGCAGUGGUAGACCCCGCCGGAAGGAGAAACCGAAGUUUGAUAUAACUUCCGUGGCUUCUCCUAGUCAAGUAGCCAUGGCUUCAUUUUCCUUGCCUAGUACCUCAUUUGAUAGUGUAUCCAGAGCGAAGCCCAAGCUGACUAUUUUCAACAGAAUUCAGGGUGGAAAUAUCUACAGCUUUACUAAUGCAGUGAGGGACGAAUACUUUUCCCCUGGAUGUAGUAAGACUGGGGGAGGUCCUGGAGACAGGAAUGAGCAAGGAAGCAGUUUUGUCUGUGCAACCUGCAAUCAGCUGUUUUACACCGAACGGGGCCUGAGCAGUCAUAUGUGUUUCUAUGGUGAGCAGUGGCAGUCUCCAUCAGGGAAGGAGAAGCAGCAGGCAUAUGAGGCAGAGCAUUUACAUCCUCAGAAAUGGCCCUUCAAGGCAGCAGGGGACCGAGAUAUUCCUCCUGAAACUAAAAGGCCUUCAGAAGAUGUAGCAGUAGCACCUCUUGUAAUUCCUGUCUCGGUACCCGUAAUGGCUACAAAUCAACAGCAAGAGAGCAAAGUUAAUGAGAAGGAAAGCCAGGAUGAUAAAGAUCUUCAGGAAGGCAUGCCACCCAAGAAGAAAAAGAGGCGAGCCCGUCCAAAAUCACUUUUCAUCCCACCUCCUCCACCUGUUUGCAGUGAGAUUCAACCUGGCACUGGAGGAUGCUACCAGAGUAACCUUCGCUCACCUGUCUUCCUCAUGGACCACCUUCUUCAAGGCUUAGUCCAGUGCUCCCCUUACACACCACCCCCAAUGCUCAGCCCCAUUCGUGAGGGCUCAGGGCUCUAUUUCAACACUCUCUGCUCUACUUCUACAAAUUCCGCUUCUACAAAGAUGUAUACCUCUGUUUUAGAUGGAAUGGAUGGAGCCCUUUUAUUCUCUCUUGUGAAAGAUACUACCAAAAUUAACAUAGAACCGCAUAUUAACAUUGGAAAUCGAUUCCAGGCAGAAAUACCUGAUCUCCAAGACAGAUCAGCUAUAGAGAACUAUGAGCAUCCAGCCUCACUAGUCUGGAAGCCAUGGGGAGAUAUCGUAACCAACAAGGAAACACAGAAGAGAGUAACAGAUCUGCUAAAAUUGGCCUGCUCCAGUGCAAUGCCAGGUGGAGGGACCAAUCUAGAACUAGCUGUACAUUGUCUGCAUGAAGCCCAAGGAAACAUUUUGGAAGCACUGGAGAUGAUGUUACUCCAAGGACCACAGAAGCCUUCUGGACAUCCUCUUGCUAACUACCAUUACUCAGGUUCACAUCUGUGGACUCCUGCUGAGAAGCAGUUGUUUAAGAAAGCUUUUGGCUUGCACAAAAAGGACUUUUACCUCAUACAGAAGAAGAUACAAACUAAGACUGUUUCUCAGUGUGUUGAAUACUACUAUAGCUGGAAAAAAAUAUUAAAAUUUGACUGCAGUCGAGCACAAGUGGUAGAAAAGAGACCCAAGAUUGAGCAGGAUGAGAUAGAAUUGGAUGAAGAAAAGAUUGUAUGCAGCCCAAAGAAAAGGCACUGCCACCUGCCCAAACAGGAGAAUAAGCUGAAACCAAGGAAUUACAAAAAAGCAGCACAGAGUGUCUUCAGUCCAACCAGCAGCCAGAAGGAAGUUCUAGAUAGGCCCAAAAGCACAGGCAGUCAGGGUGUAUUCCCAUGUAAAGAAUGUGCAAGAGUGUUUGACAAGAUAAAAAGUCGGAAUGCUCACAUGAAACGCCAUCGCCUACAGGAGCAGAUGGAGCCAAUGAUAAAGAUUAAGUGGCCCAUAAAGCAUCUGAAAAAUGAACCAAAGAAGGAAGAAAAAACCUUGGACGUGGAUUUCCUCCAGUGGUAACUGGGAAGGAACAGUUUCAGGGGUUCUGUUAUUAUUUUUUUUGGAGGAGGAUGAAGUAGACCAAUCAAUGAGAAAUCACCAUAAUAUUUAGUAUCUUUUCUGUGAUCGAUAUUAUACAACUGCUUUUUGAUUCACUCUAUAGUACUGAAGUGAUCUGUGUUAUUGUUAUUUUGUAUGCACUCAGUGUUGCUUAUUAAAUUGGGUUCUGCA